ACAUCAAUUAAAGCCGUUUGAUUCCAGAUAAAUAAACUGGAAGUUUAUUAACAAUCGCGCACACACACACGCCGGAGAAAAAGCUGCUCGGAGAAAAAAAUCUUCCAGCCUAAAAUAGAAAAAAAGGAUUGUACCACACUAUAAGUAGCGUGUCAAGAUAGAAACUAUAAAUGAAACGAAAUCCAAGUGCAUAAGAAGAUAUCGUGUUCUCUUCGAAAAUAGACUCCUGUGGAUACAGGGUUAAUGAAAAUGAAAUUUUGCAGUUUCAUUGGUGUGGUCGUUUUCUGCUUUGCAUUAAACGUUUGUCAUGGAACGUGUUCGACGAAAAGAGAAUUGGAAUAUUGCGAUGAAGUGUACAAUGGAAAGUGUUACGUGUUGAUCACAAACGAUAACCGACUAAAUGUAUUCGAAGCCAGAGCGAGUUGUCAUGCAAUCGGAGGGAAUGCUGCAAAUAUAUACAGCAAAGAUCACUUUUAUAGGAUGGUUGCCUUAAUCCGAACACGCAUCCUCAUCGGACUAAAUUAUCAUUACAUAUGGACGGGAAUGGAAUUGGAAACGAGUACGAAAAAAAAUUAUUUAUCCAAUGGAAAUCCAGCUGACUACACACGUUGGGUUCCAAAUAGACCCUAUAAUCCUGCAAGAUCUUACGUCGGCAUUCACGUUCAAUCAGAUCCAAGUCAUGCAAAUCAAGGGAUGUUUGACGAAAAUUCUACCUACAAACUUCUUGGGGUUUUGUGUGAAAUAUGAUUAAAUGCUAAUAUUGCUUCUUUAUUCUGAGUUCCCUUUGAAUUCUGUAUAGAUAUAUAAGUGACUGAAUGAACAGCCAACUGCUAUACUUUUUUUACAAAUUAUUCCCUAAAAUCGUCCACACCGAUUUUUUAUAUUUGAAGUUAGUUGAAUGAUGAUAAUGUGUUAUGCAUUUAUAAGGAAUUAGCGUAUUUUCCCUGUGUAUGCUAAAUCCGAUCUCAUUAUUUCCGUGCCUGUCGAUCAUCAGAAAUUUUCCUACCGAGAAUUGAACAAAAUCCAUAAUAAAUUAAAUCCGUCAAUUACUGGUAUUCCUAGCCAAGUUUUAAAAUUGUCUGAGAUUUAAAUAUAUAAGAUUCGGUGUCAAUGUUUAAUUUUUAUUACAUCCUAAUAUAUUAUAUUAAUUUUUUGCUUAACAAAACUUUGUCCAUGUAAUUAUAAUCGCCAAAUAUUUGAUUAACCGCCAAUUAGAUGUAUUGUCGAAUUUUACAGCUUGAAUGUCAGGUUCUAACAUCAGAGUCUCGAAAAAAGC